AUAUUCCAAUAGCAUUUUUUUUUUUUCACAAAAAAGAUUUUUCCAAUAGUACAAACAAGAUGUGGUGUCAGGCUGAUCUAAGGUGGUGACAGUGUGGAUAAGGAGUGGGUGAAGGAGAAAGAAUUCCUGGAUCUUGUUGACAGAUGUUGGGUAUUGAUAACAGAAGGAGGAAAUUAAAGAAGACUCUCAUGCUUUGUCUGGAUAACCUGGAAGUCUUCUUCUGGGUUAUUGAAGUUUAGAGGGGGAGGGAAUUGGGAGAGGCACAAAGGGAGAUCUUGUGUCUCUUUUGGAAUCUGUUUAACUGAAGAUGUAGAGGUACUAUCCAAGUAGAGAUAUUACUCAAGCAAUUGAGUAUAUUAUUUUAUGGUUUAGAGAGACUUCUACAACUGAAGUUUAAAUGGUAAUCAAGCCAUUGAAGUAGAUGAGUUUUUCUUGGUGCAUGUGUGCUAAGUCGCUUCAAUCUUGUCCAAAUCUGCAACCCCAUGGACUGUAACCCUCCAGGCUCCACUGUCUCUGAAUUUACAGGCAGGUUCUUUACCACUAGCACCACCUGGGAAACCCUUUUCUUAUGGUAUAAUAAAAUUAUAAGAAAACAGUGUUUAAGAAAAAACCCUGCAACAUCAAUCAAGUUGAAGAUAGAGACAAAACAGAAGCCAGUAGAGUAUUGAGGAUGUCUGACCAGGCAAGUAUGGGAAAACCCAAUGUAUUUUGUGUCUCAGAAGCCAAGGGAUAAAAAUGUUUUAGGUAAGGUGGAAUAUUGUUUCAUGUUAAAGAGAAAUGAGGAAAAUAAGUCAUAUCCAAUGAUAGAGAUUCUGAUUAUAGAGAAUUGGGGUCCUGUAAAGAUUGUAAUUAUUGUGAUGAGAAAAAUAUAAAAUAGUUUUACAAAGCACCCAAGAGCCAUUUAUCAUAGAAAUUAGUUCAUUCUGAAAUUGAGGUUUUCAAGGACACUAUUAUUUCUUCCUAAAGAUACUGGAGACAGAGAUUGACAGGAAGGAAUCAAACUACUGUCUCAGAGUUCCUCCUUCUGGGACUGCCCAUCAAGUCAGAGCAUCAGAACCUGUUCUACGCCCUGUUCCUGGCCAUGUACGUUACCACCGUCCUGGGGAACCUUCUCAUCCUCGUCCUCAUUUGCCUGGACCCCCACCUCCACACACCCAUGUAUUUGUUUCUCAGUAACCUGUCUUUCUCUGACCUCUGCUUCUCCUCUGUCACAAUGCCCAAAUUGCUGCAGAAUAUGCAGAGUCAAGACCUGUCCAUCCCCUAUGCUGGCUGCCUGACACAAAUGUACUUCUUCCUGUUCUUUGCAGACCUGGAGGACUUCCUCCUUGUGGCCAUGGCCUAUGACCGCUACGUGGCCAUCUGCUUCCCCCUGCACUACACCACCAUCAUGAGCCCCAGGCUCUGUCUCUUCCUGGUGGUGCUGCCCUGGAUACUGACCACGUUCCAUGCCAUGUUGCACACCCUGCUCAUGGCCAGGCUGCAUUUUUGUGAAGACAACGUGAUCGCCCACUUUUUCUGUGACAUGUCUGCUCUGCUGAAGCUGUCCUGCUCUGACACUCGAGUGAAUGAGCUGGUGAUAUUUUUCAUCGGAGGGCUCAUUAUCGUCAUCCCAUUCCUAUUCAUUAUCAUGUCUUAUGCACGAAUCGUGUCCUCCAUCCUCAAGGUCCCUUCUGCCAAGGGCAUCUGCAAAGCCUUCUCCACCUGUGGCUCUCACCUCACUGUGGUAUCUCUCUUCUAUGGGACAAUUAUUGGUCUCUACUUAUGCCCAUCAGCUCAUAAUUCCACUGUUAAGGAGACUGUCAUGUCUAUGAUGUACACUGUGGUGACCCCCAUGCUGAACCCCUUCAUCUACAGCCUGAGGAACAGAGACAUGAAGGGAGCUCUGAGAAGAGUCUUUUGUAGAAAGAAAAUUCACUUCUCUCUUUGAUGGUAAGGUUGGUAUUUCUACACAAUUUUAUCUAGUAGAUAUAUUAAUACUGAAAUAUUAUUUUCAGAUUUUUUUGUCACCAUGUAAACUUUUGUUAAAAUGACAUAGAACAUAAUCAUUCAAUAGGUAAAGUGUAGUUGCAUAGUGAACUAGGGAAGGAGGUCUUGAUGAUCUUGUAGCAAGGUCUUCCUCUUUUUCUUCCCUAUCAGAUCAGAUCAGAUUAGUUGCUCAGUCGUGUCUGACUCUUUGGGACCCCAUGAAUCGCAGCACGCCAGGCCUCCCUGUC